AUGGAACUGGCCGGGCUUAGCUGUGCUACAGUCAUUGCAAAGAUUGUUAACCAAGUUUUGGCAAAAAUUUGGUGUAUAACAAUCCCAUAUUUCUUGGGGCUUUUGUCUCAGUUUGGUGAUUUAAUCUGCGGUCCCGGCAACAACGGCGGCGACGGCCUGGUGUGCGCGCGCCAUUUGAAGGUGUUCGGAUACAAGCCGGUGAUUUACUAUCCGGUACGCACCGAGAAGCAACUCUACAACAACCACUCAGUGCACGAACAUGGCGGUGCCUUUCUUGCAAAUGCUGCCCGAACUGUCGACGGUCGAAUGCACGUUCGCGCUGAUCGUCGACGCCGUGUUCGGGUUCAGCUUCAAACCGCCGGUGAAGCAGGCUAUCGAUCUCGCUUCGGGCUGGCACGUGGAUAA